CUAUGUUCAUUUCUUCGUGAUAGUGCAUUUAUUAAAACCAUUAAAUUCUUUUAAUAAAAAAUACAUACAUACAAUUAAAUAACACACAUGAAAUAGACCUACCACCACCACCACCCAUUUCCUCUCCACCUUCCUCUCACCUCUCUGUCUUUAUAUCUCCCUUCCCCCUUCCUAUUCCUUUUUAUUAUCAACCAUUAAUACCAACCAAAAAGUUUGAAAUCCCAAAACCAGUAGAAUUUACAAACUACCCAAAAAGUUGGAUUCUUGAAAAGAAAAAAAAUCACAACUUUUUUGUAUCCCAAGUUAGAUUCUUGUAAAAAUAUCUCAACUUUUUUGUACCCCAAAAAGUUGGAUUCUUGAAAAAAUCACAACUUUUUUGUAUCCCAAAAAGUUAGAUUCUUGAAAAAAAGAAUAGAAACUUUUAUGGGCAAGAAAAUGAAUCUUGGUUCAUGGCAAUGGCCUUCUUGUGCACACUCCAAGACUCAAUCUUUCAGAGCAAAUGAAAACAACAACAUUUUCAAGACUAUAAAUUCAAUCUUUUUAGACCCUUCUAAUACUGAUGAUGGGAUUGUUGAAAUUGAAACUACACCAGAAUCUUGGUUCACAAAUUCCUCAGAAUCAGCAAGUUUUUCAACAGAGUCUGAUGAAACAGGGGAACCAUUAAUGGAAUUAAUCAUUAAAGGGGUUCGUUCAGAAAGACUGUUUUUUGAGCCAAAUUGCACUAGCUCAUUAAUCUUGGAAGAUCAAAAUCAUGAAGAACCAGAGAUAUUAGAAGAAAUUGAAGAAGAAGAAGAAGAAGAAGAAGAAGAAGAUAAUGUUGUUAAUGAUCAAGAAUUGCCAUUUAAGGAAAGUGUGGCAUUGGCAUUGGAAUCAGAAGAUCCAUAUUUGGAUUUCAAGAAAUCAAUGGAAGAAAUGGUGGAUACACAUGAGAUUAAAGAUUGGGAAUCUUUACAAGAAUUAUUAGGAUGGUAUUUGAAGAUGAAUGGGAAAAUAAAUCAUGGUUUUAUUAUAGGUGCUUUUGUAGAUUUGCUUAUUGAGUUUACUCCUCCUAAUUGUGAUUCAAUAACUUGUUAUUCUUCUGCUGCUUCUUCUUUUUCUGCCCCUUCUUCUCCUCUAUCUUCAUUAGGAAAUAAUAAGGAGAUUGAGGAGCAGCAAAGAGGGGACUAGUAUUAACUAAGAAAAUUGUAAUAUAAUAUUGUGUACAUUUAUGGUAAUUGUUUAGGUUAGAGGGGAAAAUAUAUUAUACAUAUUGUGAA